AUGUCCGCAACAUCUGGGCCUCCCUAUGCCCCUACUACAGCCGCGGUGGGAGGUGUGCCUACCGUUGGACUUGACGUACCGAUAUGCGCUGUCUUCAUUCUCCUCUUCAUCGGUGGUGCGGUCUCCCAUAUGACUCUGUUCAGACGCAACAUGGCGAGGGAUCACAAGUUCAUUCCGUCUGCGGUGACCUUUGGUUUCUGUAUGUCGCGGAUCAUCGCCAAUGCCAUGCGGAUCGCGUGGGCGUGCCAGCCGCACAGCGUCUCUCUCGGAAUCGCCGCCACGAUCUUCGUCAACGCAGCCAUUGUUUUGCUCUUCAUUCUCAAUUUGAUCUACGCCCAGCGAAUGUUGCGAGCCGCACACCCACACAUCGGCUGGGCAAAGCCGGUGUCGUUGUUUUUCAAGUUCGUCUACAUGCUCGUGGUCGUCAACAUUAUCAUGUUGAUCACGGCGAUCGUGCAAUCCUUCUAUACGCUCAACGGCAACACGCGCCGUAUUGAUCGUGACAUUGAGCUGUAUGGUACCACCUGCGUUGCAGCCAUCGCUUUUCUACCACUGCCUAUCGUUUCUUUUGUGCUGCUGUUUCCUCGACGCAUCGAACGCAUCGAUAAGUUCGGCAAGGGCAGCUGGCGCGCCAAAGCCUUUAUCGUCGGUAUCGGGGCGGUGCUGCUCUGCCUGGGCGCGUCUUUCCGCGCCGCAACCAACUGGAUGCCUCCGCGGCCGCUGGAUGACCCUGCCUGGUACGACAGCAAGGCCUGCUUCUACGUCUUCAACUUCACCAUCGAGAUCAUCGUGGUAUAUUCCUACCUGCUUGUUCGGAUGGAUCAGCGUUUCCACGUCCCCAAUGGGAGCUCUCGCCGCCGACACUACCGCGGGCCGGGACCAGAGUCCGACGAUAGUACUACUGUCCAAUACCUUGAAAGCGGAGAGGACCGUGUGUCGGCUACUCACCCACCAUCGCGAGACUCGGAAAGCACCCAAGUUCCUGAAAAGCAGGAAUCCGAGAAACAGAUCUCGGAGAAGCAGGCUUCCGAGCAGUCUUAA